CCGUGGAAAAAAAUCCACAUCAUCAAACUGUUGUCGCGUUUGUUUGGAAUUCCGCUCGAAUUGAAAGUGACCAUCCGGUGAAGAUUACAACGAUGUAAUGUUUGAAAACAUAAUCAGCUGUUCUUUGUUUUACUCCCAAAGAAUUUACACCACCCAAAAUGAUGGACAGCUCUGUUCAGGAGAAAGCGGGAUCAUCGCCGUCGAGUCCGAAGCGUGAUCAACCACAGCAGCAGCAGCCUGCGAAUCAGACCCAGACAUCUCAACUGGAACCACAAAAUCCUAGACUGCUUUCGUCCCUCUACAGCUUCUUGGUCAUUGUAAGCUUCUUCUUAGUAGGCUUUGCCGCGUUCCGAAAUACUCUUACAUGGCACCUUCAACGGUUCUGGGGAGCAUCGGGAGAUUUCUGGCAAGCCCAAUGGGAUCGGUUCAUCGACUUUACAGGUGAAGACCCCGCAACGCUGUGGGUUCUCAGCACGACCAUUUUCACCGUUUUCGUGUACUGGUUCUUCGGAGGAAUUUACACCAUCUUCGAUCUGACCUGCAAACCCGCAUGCAUCCGCCGGUACAAGAUGCAACCGGGGACGAACGAACCCGUAGAUAGGACACGGCUUAUGAAGGUCAUCGCUACGGUUCUGAUGAACCAGACUCUGGUCGGCAUUCCGAUGGCCGUCUUCAUGUACCAGGCGAUGCGGUUUCGCGGAUUGUGCGAUCUUCGCGAGCUGCCCACCUUCCACUGGGUUCUCGCCGAACUGUCGUUCUGCAUCUUCAUCGAGGAGAUUGGUUUCUACUAUGCCCAUCGGUUGCUGCACAACCGGCACAUCUACAAGUACAUCCACAAGCAGCACCACGAGUGGGCGGCUCCGAUUGCCAUCACCGCCAUCUACUGUCAUCCGAUUGAGCACAUUUUCAGCAACCUGGUGCCACCUUUCCUGGGGAUCUUUAUGCUCGGAAGCCACGUGGCCGUCGCCUGGUUGUGGUUCACUUUGGUGAUCCUGUCGACGCUGAAUGCCCACUCCGGGUACCAUUUGCCGUUCUUUCCCAGCCCGGAGGCGCAUGAUUUUCAUCACUUGAAAUUCAACCAGUGCUUCGGCGUGCUGGGAGUGUUGGAUCGCCUGCACGGCACGGACACUCUGUUCCGCAAUACCAAGGCCUACGCCCGUCACAUCAUGAUGCUGAGCUUCAUGCCUGCCCGGGAAGCGUUUCCGGAACCGGCCAAAAAGGCAUUCUAAGAGCAAUUGUGCGUAUAUUUUUUUUUCAUACAUGUGUCUAUGAUGUACUGUUCGGACGUAGCAUAGCUACUACCAAUACUACUACUAUGUACUACAUUGCUAAAUACCUACCACAAACACACACACACACCACUACUAGAUAUAUACAACAUUCGAUGGAGGUAUGUAUGAUGGGGAUCGAUCGAAUCAACGAUCAACAGGAAUGCGGGUUUGGAAUUUAGGAAAUCACAACACUCUAGCACUGGCUAUCCCAUAGCUAAUUGGAGGAUAUGAUAUUGUAGUUAAAAAAAACAUUCAAUGCGCCACAGUGCGGCUUAUCGUGUUUUGCACACCGACUAUUCAAACAACGCUAAAUCAAUGCUAUUUACAGUUUUAUUUCAAGAUAGUUAUAUUUCUAAACUGUAUCCAAAGGCAUCAACUGUUCCAACCUCACUUUUUUUUUUAAAUUAUGAAUAAAAUAACAGAGGAGAAAGUGAGGUUAGAAAAGUUUUUGCAUUUGUCCACUUGAACUUGAUUGAGAUAGGUAAAAUCGAGAAUGACGACGAAUGCAUAUUGCAGCAGCAGCAGCAGCAGCAGCAGCACCAAUACAAUUAUUGACACGCAUACAUACACACAUACACCACAAGACUGUGAUUAGACGAAAAGCAAAAGCAAACGCGCCUACAUCUAUUACGAUUUAUAAUAGAGACAAAUGAUGAGGCUGGAAGUCCCGUUGGGCGGAAGAAGCAGAAUGCAUAAUAUUUCAUUCAAAUCCCCUUCAUUUACUGAAAAUCAUUUUCUCAUCUUGACAUUCUACACCAAAAAAAAAAACAUGCAAAACUAUAUAUUUUCAAUGGA